GUUGGAAGUGCUCGGAAAAUAGGCCCCAUUUUCCAUCCUAAACUCCGGAGCGAACGAGUUGGAAAGUGCCACCUGGCAGUCACGUCAUCUUAAAAUAAACACAAUUUACAAACAGCAGCAAAGGCCUAGGAUCUAUAUAAUAGCAAGAUGUCCGCUAAAGCGAUACGCGAAGCAACCGGCAAAGACAUUAUCAACCGUCAAUUGCAAGGCGAUCACGGAGCGGCCAAAUGUCGGUUUGCAACUGUUUCGGAAACUACACAAUGGCAGCAGCUGGUACAGGACAACCCUUGGCUGGAGACGUCGCCCCUCGUAGUCAAGCCAGAUCAGCUGAUCAAGCGUCGUGGAAAACUGGGACUGAUCGCAGUGAAUAAAAAUCUUACUCAAGUUAAAGCAUGGGUCAACGAGCGGAUGGGCAAAGAUCAGAAGGUUGGCAAUGCCACCGGAAAGCUGCGCAACUUCAUCAUCGAGCCGUUUGUGCCACACAAAGAUAAUGAGGAAGCGUACGUGUGCAUCUAUUCACACCGCACGGCGGACACGAUACUGUUCUACCACCAGGGAGGCGUUGAUAUUGGCGACGUGGACUCGAAAGCCCUGAAGCUGGAAGUACCUGUUGGUCAAGACACCUCACUAGCGGACAUUGAGAAGGUUUUACUGACCGAAAUAUCAGCUCCCAAGAAGCGGAGAGUCGCCAACUUCGUGUACAAUCUGUAUCGAAUGUAUGUGGAUCUGUACUUCACCUACUUGGAAAUUAAUCCGCUGGUCGUGACGAACGAUUCCAUCUACAUUCUCGAUUUGGCCGCCAAGGUAGAUGCCACAGCCGAUUUUGUCUGCCGACCGAAAUGGGGUGAAAUUGACUACCCACCCCCGUUCGGACGUGACGCAUUCCCGGAGGAAGCAUACAUUGCCGAUUUGGACGCGAAGAGCGGUGCUUCGCUGAAGCUAACGAUCUUGAACCGCAACGGUCGCAUCUGGACAAUGGUCGCGGGUGGUGGCGCUAGUGUCAUCUACUCCGACACGAUCUGCGAUCUAGGGGGAGCGAGCGAACUGGCCAACUACGGCGAGUACAGCGGUGCUCCGUCCGAACAGCAAACGUACGAAUACGCGAAGACUAUUCUCAGUCUGAUGACCAGCAGUCCAAAGCACCCGGAUGGAAAGGUGUUGAUCACCGGUGGAGGCAUCGCCAAUUUCACUAAUGUUGCCGCCACCUUCAGCGGUAUCAUCACUGCGCUGCGUGACUACCAACAGAAGCUGAUCGAGCACAACGUAUCUAUCUUUGUGCGCCGUGCUGGACCGAAUUAUCAGGAGGGAUUGCGAAAGAUGCGCGAAAUCGGUAGCAGCCUGGGCAUUCCGCUGUAUGUGUUCGGUCCGGAGACCCACAUGACGGCUAUCUGUGGCAUGGCGCUAGGAAAGAAACCGAUUGCCAAAAGCAACAAUGUGCAUUUCGCAACCGCAAACUUCCUUCUUCCCGGUGGCCAACAGGGAGCCGAAUCAUUGAAGAAGUCCUCCACUGGCAGUCAGGAUGGCGUCAACGCAGCUAGUAGUAGUGGCAUUACUGGUGCAGCACGAACCACUCAGAUUGAAAUCGGUUCGAACGCGCACCGUCAAAUGUUUUCAAAUCGCACCAAGGCGCUCGUUUGGGGCAUGCAAACCCGAGCCGUCCAAUCGAUGUUAGAUUUCGACUUCAUCUGUAGUCGCGAUGAACCGUCGGUAGUGGCUAUGGUGUAUCCAUUCACUGGUUACCAUAAGCAGAAGUUCUACUGGGGUCAUAAGGAGGUGUUGAUCCCGGUGUACUCGAAGAUGUCGGAAGCGAUCAACAAGCACAAGGAAGCGGACGUGUUGGUAAACUUCGCCUCGCUCCGUUCGGCGUACGACAGCUCAGUGGAAGUGUUGGAUUACCCGCAGAUCCGCACCAUCGCGAUCAUUGCGGAGGGUAUUCCGGAAAAUUUGACCCGCAAGCUCAACAUGGCCGCACGGGCUAAAAACGUGUCGAUCAUCGGCCCUGCCACGGUCGGUGGCGUUAAGCCAGGCUGCUUCAAGAUCGGCAAUACAGGCGGCAUGCUCGACAACAUCAUACAUUCCAAGUUGUACCGUGCCGGCAGCGUGGCUUACGUGUCCCGCUCGGGUGGCAUGUCCAACGAGUUGAACAAUAUUCUUUCGCUAACGACGGACGGUGUGUACGAAGGCGUUGCGAUCGGUGGUGAUCGUUAUCCGGGCACGACCUUCAUGGAUCACAUUAUGCGAUAUCAAGCUGACCCUGCCGCGAAGAUGAUCGUCCUGUUGGGUGAGGUAGGCGGCGUUGAAGAAUAUGAGGUCUGCGAGGCACUGAAGGACGGUCGCAUCACGAAGCCGUUGAUCGCGUGGUGCAUCGGUACAUGCGCAGGAAUGUUCACGUCCGAGGUGCAGUUUGGACAUGCCGGUUCAUGUGCCAAUUCGGAUCGCGAGACCGCUUCGGCCAAGAACAAGGAACUCGCUGCGGCGGGUGCCCACGUGCCGGACUCGUUCGAUGCGUUCGGCGAUAUGAUUGGGUCCGUGUAUGCCAGUAUGGUGAAGGAGGGACACAUUGUACCUGCGGAGGAAGUGCCUCCACCAACGGUGCCGAUGGAUUACUCCUGGGCCCGGGAGUUGGGUUUGAUUCGAAAGCCAGCCUCAUUCAUGACGUCGAUCUGUGACGAGAGAGGCCAGGAACUGCUUUACGCUGGCAUGCCGAUCAGUGACGUGCUGCAGAAGAACGUCGGUAUUGGUGGUGUAGUGUCUCUGCUGUGGUUCCAACGCUGUCUGCCACCGUACGUUUGCAAGUUCUUCGAAAUGUGCUUGAUGGUAACGGCUGAUCACGGACCAGCCGUAUCUGGAGCGCAUAACACGAUCGUGUGUGCGCGUGCUGGCAAGGAUCUGGUGUCGUCCGUGGUGAGCGGAUUGCUCACGAUCGGUGACCGUUUUGGCGGUGCUCUCGAUGGUGCAGCUAAGCAGUUUUCCGAAGCAUACGACUCGAACCUUCAUCCGAUGGAAUUUGUGAACUCGAUGCGUAAGAAGGGCCAGCUGAUCAUGGGCAUCGGACAUCGCGUAAAAUCGAUCAACAAUCCAGACGUCCGAGUAAAGAUAAUCAAAGAGUUUGUUAUGCAGAACUUCCCGGCUUAUCCAUUGCUUGAGUACGCGCUCGAGGUGGAGAAGAUCACCACCAGCAAGAAACCGAACCUGAUUCUAAACGUGGAUGGAGUUAUUGCCACAUCAUUCGUCGAUUUACUCCGCAACUGUGGUUCCUUUACCAGUGAGGAAGCUCAAGAGUACAUCAACAUCGGUGCGAUAAAUUCUCUGUUUGUGCUGGGACGUAGCAUCGGUUUCAUCGGACACUACAUGGAUCAAAAGCGCUUGAAGCAGGGUCUCUACCGUCACCCAUGGGACGACAUUUCGUACGUUCUUCCAGAGCAGUACAACUAAAGCUCCUGGCUUAGUCAGAUUUGACUGCACGGCGAACGGAAGAUUACAAAAUAUGCAAGCACAACAAGAAGUUAGACGAGAAGAUCAUUUAUUUACAUCAUUCUAGCAGAAGUGACGCAAAAAAGCAAACGAAGGUUAUUGGAGAAUGGCAUUCCUAAUGCUCAACCGGGCUCAAUCGAUCGUGAGCUAGUGAAACCGAGCGAGUAACCAAACGAGAGAUUACACAAGCAAAAUUUUUUUUUUACGUUGUAUGUCAGCGAAAAAAGCAAAUAUCAACAACAAGCGCAUUGUGCAUUGAAAAUCGGAUUCGGCAUUGUGAAAAAAGAAAAUCAAACAAAACAAACCCGCACGGUAGCUGGUAGUUAUUUCCUUUCCAUUUUCUUCCUAUUGGUAACUAGUUUAACAAGAAUCUCUUUUUCUUUGUGGCGUAGUGUAAGAUCUUCGGGUUCAUAAUCAUUUGUUUGAUCAUGCUCUGUGUGUGUGCCGGCUAGUUGAGCUAUCAUUUUUACAUUCUCAACAAACAAUGCAUUUACGCAUACGAAUAGUUGCUCUGUGUAAAGCAUAGCUAUAUCAUAGUACCUCGUUUUUGUUUGGAUUUUCCGUUUUACGACGGAAAAUUUACGAAAUCGAUUCUCUUGACCAUUCUUAAACAUUUUCCUAUGUUCGCCAAUUUCCAAACGUCGCGCUUUGCGUUCCGUAUCCUUAAUUACGCUGACAAGGAAGAAAUAAUAUAAAUAUAUCUAUAUGUAUACAUCAGAAGAUUCGCGAAAUGAAGGUACGAUUUAUAAAGUCGCGCGAAGCUGAGAGAGCGGCGUUGGAAACAAAGUGAGACUUACUUUAAUUUAUUUCACCGCUUCCUAUCGUUUCAAAUUUUCUCUUUCCAUCUAACGUAGAGCGUUUCUCUUCAUUUUUAAUGAGUAACUUAAAAAAAAGAGCGUACAAGAUAGAAACAAUGACGCUAUAUUCCAUGAAUAUGCUAGAAAAAGUGGCACGAAGUGAGAUCAAUAUGCAAUAUCAGAGCAUAAGGCAACGAUUUAAAGCUUAUCAUUUCUGAACGAAUUCGUUAUCAUUUUCUUUUUUUUUUCGUGUAAAAGUCUUCAUUGCGGUUUCUGUUGCUAAUUAUAAGUUUAUGUGGAUAUGUUUCUUCUAUUUUACUUGAACGGAAAAAAGAUACAACAAAGAAUAGUGAGAAAUUAACACUGGUGUGUCUUGUUUUAUUUCCUUCCCUCAUUUGAUAUUCUCCUUUCCGUUGUAUGCAUUGGUUUGCUGUUUGUUUGUGUUUUUAUUUAUGUUUUUUGAAAUUGAUUUCCUCUCGACUCACAACUAAAUUGAAGUAACUUACAACUAUACCAAGAUGUUGAUGUGUAGUAGACACCAAUUGUACGUAUAACGGAGGUUACAGGACUUGGGCGCAUCGCCGGAAAGCUCGGAAAGAGUUAAUUUCCGAAGCGAAACCCUAUCGUCCGCUUAGCUCAAAACUGCACUGAGUAGACGUGUGAGAAAACAACGGAAGUGUGCUCUCAGCACUGGAUUGGCACUUCUCGUUAAACACUGCACUUGAAUUCGGAGCUCGUUGUUGGUAGAAGGCGAUGGACAGAGGAUGUAAAUCGCAAGCAUUACUAAUGGACUGCACUGCGCACUCGUAGCAAGCACAGCAUUUAUGAAACGGCAUUUGAUGUAUGAUCGAGGGAAACUUCGCAAGGGCUACAGCGCUAUUUAAGCGUUAUUUGUUAAUAUAAUGCAAAACUGUUUCUACUGUCCAUUGAAGCUGAUUGGAAAUAAACGAUGGCUGAAUUAAAAGCUAUACGGCGAAGUGAAUCUCCCCAUCCGGAGACCUAUUGUGAGCGGUUCGUCGCGGUUUAAAAAAGAAAUGAAUUUGAUCGAAGUUAAACGAAUGCAUGAGAUCGUGAACCAUUCGGUGCGUUCGUGAACUUGGAAAACUAAAACAUUAAACAAAAACAAAACAGCACUGCACUGCACUGUUCCUUCUGCACAAGGCUUAUGCUCCGGCGCAAAAGCACCAAUAUUUCAGCUUGACUGAUAGCGAAUGGUAGAAAUAAAAUUGAAUGAAAAUCUAAA